AUGAUAAUGACGACAGUUACCAGCAGUUGGUACUUAUCCACUCUGUUAAUGCUGAUGAUUGUAGCAGCACCGCAACCAGCAACGUCAGUAUCAGCAGCAUCUAAUACAAUUAAAAAAUGUUUCAAUGAAAUAAGCGAAAUAUACCUUCGCCAAUACAACAAUGUCUAUGGCUUGCAAUUCUACUCUCCUGCCGGUGGCGUAAUUGAAUUAAAUUCCAAUCAAAAGACGAAUGGUAUUUAUUUUAGUGAUUUAGGUGGCUUUUACGAGUGUAAAGAUCAAGGAAAAUCAAGAACGAAGUUAUCACAUCAUGGUAUUUAUUAUAAUGAAACAGGUAAUCAGACUGUUAUUACGACAAAUUCAGACGUUAAUUGCCUUGGUGCACAUAGUGACUGCAGCGAUAAUGUUGUCUAUUGUGCAAAUGGAACAAUUGUUAGUCAAACGUAUCCAUAUGAACUGCCAGAUCCAAUUACAGGUAAAUUUACCAAUCCAAUAUUACCAGUAAUAAAACAUAAAUUUGAAUCACAACGUCUCUACAAACAUCCAAUUGUUAAUCUAACCUCUCCUGAAAAUAAAUGCUAUAAUGACAUGGCUGGUACUUAUCUCACAGGCUAUUCAGAUGGAAGUUAUGCUGUAACAGUCAUGGUUCCAUCGGGUUACUUCAUCACCGUUCUCACCAAUGAGCGAAACGCAGAUGGCACAUUUAACCGCGGAACCGGAGUCGGAGCGUGGUAUUGUACUAAUACACGUGCAGUUAAUGGAAUUUCCAACUAUUUUAAUUACCCAGCCAACAGGGUAACAAACAGAGAAUCGAUUGGUUCAUCUUCAUUUUACAUGCAAUGUCCAGCGAAAGCCGAUGGCUCAACACAGUAUGAAAACUGUACAGGUGAACUAACAAGCAGUUAUUAUCCGUUGCAAUAUCAACGUAUGCCAUUUCGUGAUGGUAGUUCAUCUCCAUCACUAACAUUCACUUCAAAUCGUUAUUUGACAAGUCCAUCAAUUAGAUCAUGCCACAGCAAUUUGAGUGGCGUCUACGCGUUCAGAGUUAAAUUUAGAACAACACCCAAAUUUGUAGCUCUAUACCUUUUUAACUUGUAUCAAACUGGCUUUUUACAAGGAAGUAGUGCGAAUGAAAAUAGUGAAAAAAAUCCCACAAGUAAUGUUUUCGGGACAUGGGAAUGCAAUAACAAGAGCAAAUUAGUAUUAAGAUAUUUAGUUUUUGGAUUUGACCAUGAUCAAUACCAACAACAAGUUGAAAACAAAGAUUUAGAUCUAUCGUCUGGGACAAUAAACGAGCUGUUCCAUCUCGAUUAA